GGCCACGAGCUGAUUGGCCGCUCCGCAUCGGACAGGAAGUUAUGACCGAAGGAGGGAAAUUUGAUCGUUGGGCUCGAGCUGAGUUUAAAAAGUGAGACGAGCGCGCGGAGCCGGAGCCGGUCCCGGGUCAGGGCGCGGGAGCUGUGAGCAAGGUACGGAUUGAAGUAAGGUUAAAGUUGAUGGUCUACUAUGGCAGUUGAUGACGAAGAGCUGUUGAAACACUAUGAAUUACAGGAAACCAUUGGUGCAGGGGGGUUUGCUAAAGUGAAGCUGGCUUGUCACAUGUUGACAAGGGAAAAAGUUGCUGUAAAGAUAAUGGACAAAGAAUCUCUUGGGGAAGACCUGCCUCGUGUUCAAACGGAAAUCGAAGCAAUGAAGAAUCUGAGUCACCAGCAUAUAUGCCGUUUGUAUCAUGUUAUUGAGACGGCAAAUAAAAUCUUCAUCAUUAUGGAGUACUGCCCUGGAGGAGAAUUAUUUGAUUACAUUAUUGCAAAAGACCAUUUAUCGGAAGAAGAAGCUCGUAUUUUUUUCCGACAGAUUGUAUCGGCUAUUGCUUAUGUUCACAGCCAAGGCUAUGCUCAUCGUGAUCUUAAACCGGAAAAUCUACUAAUUGAUGAAGAUCAUAAUUUGAAGUUGAUUGAUUUUGGCCUUUGUGCAAAACCCAAGGGUGGUUUAAAUUACCAGUUAACAACUUGCUGUGGUAGCCCUGCCUAUGCAGCACCUGAACUUAUUCAAGGGAAAGCUUAUAUUGGAUCUGAGGCAGACAUCUGGAGUAUGGGAGUCCUCUUAUAUGCACUUCUUUGUGGAUUUCUUCCAUUUGAUGAUGAUAAUAUGAUGAUUCUAUACAGGAAGAUACUGAGGGGAAAAUUUAACAUACCUAAAUGGCUCUCACCUACAAGUGUACUCAUUUUGAAUCAAAUGUUGCAGGUGGAUCCAAAGAAGCGGAUCACUAUAAAACAUCUUCUGAACCACCCUUGGCUAAUGCAAGAUUACAGCUACCCGGUUGACUGGCAUACCAGAUAUCCAAUUGGUCAUCUUGAUGAGGACUGCAUUACAGAGCUAUCAGUUUUCUUCAAAUGCUCCAAGAAGAGCACGUCCCGUUUGGUGUCAGAGUGGAAAUAUGAUCGAAUAACUGCUGCAUAUCUGCUACUAUUACAUAAGAAAAGUCAUGGAAAGCCAGUCCGCUUGCUUCCUUAUGCAGAAAAUCAACAGGUGUCAACACCUCUAACAGAAUUGAAAUCAAAGAGAAAUACAUACUUUGAAGAUUUGGAAGAUAAUCAUCCCUGUCUGCGUGGAUCACUGGACUUUAUGGAUGAUGGCAUCCUCUCUGAAGACUCUAUUUUUGCAGCCACGUCCCAUAUUGCAAAGAGCACACUUAAAGAUUCCACAGAAGAAAAUUUACAAUCUUCGGGUAAACAAAAACUUGCUGCAAAGAAAUCCGAAAACAAAGAAAAUAUGAAGCGAAUAAAAAUGAACAUGGAUGCCCACGAUCACUUUGCACAACCUGAAGCCAAGACACCAGUUCUUCAGAAAAGCCAUGAAAAUAAAUAUAAGGUUACUCCCAGAAAAAAUGAUAUUGUUCUUCAUAACGCUAUGAUCAACCACAACAAAGAAGCAUCUACAAACCAGGAUUCGAAUCAAGGGCACAUGACUGCAUCAUUUAGUCCAGAGAGACGGACUCGUUCAUUAGACAUGGAUCUAUAUCAGGCUACUGGUGAAAGCAGUCAAAAGAAGAAAGGAGCCAAGAUGUUUGGAAGCUUAGAACGUGGAUUGGACAAGGUGAUCACGAUGUUAACUCCAGGCAAACGGAAAAAGCCCUUUAGAGAUGAACCAAGGAGGAUCAAGGCACAAUAUAAUGUGACAACAACGACCAUGUUGAAUGCAGAUGAGGUUUUGAAUGAAAUAAUUCGAAUUUUACCUAUCAAGCGUGUAACCUUUGUGCAAAAGGGCUAUACUUUAAAAUGCCGGACUAGGUCAGAAUUUGGAAAGGUCACUAUGCAGUUUGAACUGGAGAUAUGUCAGCUCAGCAAGCCUGAAGUGAUUGGUAUCAGAAGACAGCGACUAAAGGGUGAUGCCUGGGUUUACAAACGCUUAGUUGAAGAUAUUUUAUCCAGUUCCAACAUCUAACUGGUCAAAAUUUUAAUUGGUUUAAGUCUUUUUUUAAUCUUGAACUGUUAUUAAAGGAAUACUUUGUUAUUAUAGCAUUAUCUUGUAGCAUUUACUAUUUUAAUGACACUAGCUUAAACAGUUUUUUUCUUUCAGUUUAAUUUAACCUAGCUGCUUCGGUAUACACUGACCACAACAAACAAAUUGUUUUGAAAAUGUGUGCAUGCAGAGGAUAUCCCUUUUUAGGGAUUAGUUUUCUUUUUAAAAAAAAAACUAAUUAUAUCUUUACUUCAACUUUGGGACACUGUCAGCUGAGAGGAUCCCUGUAAUGUACCAAUCAUGUAGGUUGAGAAAGGAUGUACUGAGUCGUCUGUGUUCCUCGCUCUAUAUACAUAAUAAAUUAUGCUAAAGUGUGAUCUUCCUAACUUGACAGCCACAAGUGAGUGAAUUUUAAGAAUAAUUUGUAUGUCAAAUAAGAAUAAUUAUAUGUAUGAUGGUCAAACAUCAUCAUAGAAGUUUGAAAUGGAGCAAAUUUAAAUUCAAUUUUAAAUUAAAUUGCCAUUGCCAAUAUUAAGGUAAACUUCACAAGCUAAAAAUUGACAUAAUUAAUACAUAUUUAAAAAAACAUGAAUAAAUGAACCACAUUGUUCUAUAGUAGUUGUUUAUAAUAACUUUUACAUUUUAUAUUUUUUGGAAUCAUCAUGUAACUUGUGUAAUUUGUAAAUGGUGUACCUUAUCUGUAUGAAGUAGGCUAUGCUGUAAUUCUUUAAUAAACUUGUAAAUUUUC